UGCUGCCCAUCUCCUCCCAUAGAGGCGCCCGAAGAGGGGGUUGGACCGUUGGAGCGCCCCCGGCGACACCAACCGGACCACGGGCGGCGCCGCAACUAGUGCAGGUCAGCCAAUCGAGCGGCGGUGCGGUGACUCCGGCGAGCACGGGCGCGUCUACUCCGGCGACCUCGGAGUCUCGGUCCGCCACGAGCGGCACUGCCGGCUAUCCAAUCGAGAGGCGGGGGUACACAGGAGCGCGGCCACUCCGGCGACCACGGACCUCCCCAAGGUGCCGGCCACCAUUCUCUUCUUCGUCCUCGGCGCAUCUCGGUCGGCCGCCGGUUAGUGCUUUGGCUUGGGCCCUCACUGCCGCUGGCAAUCAGAGUUCGUGGAAAGCAAAUCAGAGCGGGGGGACUCGGAAUUCCUUCACCAAUCAACAGGGAGUCCAAAUAAUUUCAGUGUUCCAGUCUGGAUUAGGAUUUGCUUCACCCACUCGGAGUCGGGGUGAGCCCUCGGCCGGCGAUCUAUAAGUAUAACCGGGACCCCGGCGACCUUGGACCGCCACGAGCGGCGCCUAGGCUCUAGCUACCAUUCUCUCCUUGGGUCCGGAUCCGAAAUUCCUUCACCAAUCAACACAGCGAUUCCUGUUCCAGUCUGGAUUCGGAUUUGCUUCACCUCCUCGGAGUCGGGGUGAGCCCUCGGCCGGCGAUCUAUAAGUAUAACCGGGACCCCGGCCUGCCCAACGUCCGCUCUAACCAAGAUUGCAAUUUUCUUGCCCAACAGAUAGGCUUUGCUCUGCUUUAAGCCAUGGAGAACUGUAGCAAGUAGCCAGGAUAAUGGGAUUGCAAGGCCUAGCUAUGUACCGGCACAAGUUGUGUUCUCUAGUCUUCAGAUCUUUGCCCAGGCUGCUGCUAGGCUUCCCUCCCAGCUCAAUCAGGAAAUUCUUCAGAGACCAACAUGUUCAUGUGGCACUGUCAGAGACCAAGAUGGCGGCCACAUUGCCGGAGCUGCCGCAGGACAUCUUGAUGGUUAUCUUUGCCGCUCUCGAGAUCCCCGACCUCGUGCGCGCUGGCUCCGUCUGUUCAUCCUGGCACUCCGCAUACGCCGAGCUACGCACCCUUGGGAAGUACAAGCAGGGUCAGACGCCUUGCCUGGUUUACAUCUCUGAAUCUGAUCCUGAUGAUGUUUUGUCCCUCUACAGCCUCGCCGAGAAGAGGUCCUACAAGUUAACUCUGCCGCAGCCAGCUAUCCGCAACAGGUAUUUGAUUGGGUCCUCACAUGGCUGGCUCGUUACUGUCGACGAGAGGUCUGAGAUGCACCUUCUGAAUCCAAUCACCUGUGAACAGAUUGCUCUCCCUUCAGUGGCUACCAUUGAGCAUUUGAAGCCCAUAUUUGAUGAGCAUGGUGAUGUCUGCAAGUAUGAGAUGUCAUCGCACACUGGACUGUGCAGUAGCCGUAAUCCAACCAUCUUUGCUCUUGCCGAGCUGAGGGAUAGACUCCAGUGGAAGGCAUUUGUAUUUCCUGAUACAUCCACAGGAAGCUACAUUGUGGUGCUCAUCCACAAUCCACAAGCCCAGCUCUCAUUUGCAAAGGCAGGGGAUGAUAAGUGGACCUGGUUACCGUCUCAUUUGCUUUUCGAGGACUGCACUUACAAGGAUGGCAUAUUGUAUGCAGUCAAUACAAUGGGAGAAAUCCACACGUUCGAUCUUAGUGGCCCUGUGGUCACUGUAAAGACGAUUAUAAGGGCACCUGAGCAUUAUGAUUGUGAUAGCAGGUAUAUCGUUCAAGCUCCAUGGGGCAGUCUGCUACUUGUGUUUAGAAUAGUUCAUGACCAUGAUUUAGAAUAUGAGUACUGGAAGACUACAGAAACUAAAAUAUGCGAGAUUGAUGCUCUGUGGAAUAAAAUUGAGCUAACCAAUUGCUUGCGUGACCAUGUGUUAUUUCUUGGUCAUAACCUAUCACUAUGCCUCAGUGCUGAUGAGUAUCCUGCUCUCAAGGCAAAUCAUUCCUAUUUUACCGAUGAUAAUUUUCUAUGGACAAUGGGCCAUAAGAAUAAUCAUCGUGAUAUGGGAAUUCUUAACUUGGAUGAUAACAGCAGGGAGGAACUUGUGCCUCAGCUUUGGUCCAACUGUCCGGCUCCAAUGUGGAUUACUCCUGAUCUUACAAAGAUGUGGCGAUGGGCUCAAUGAGCCAACAACUGUGAAGUGAUCUGGUACAGUUACAAUUAACUCGACAGAGGUCCUGUCUGUGCUGUAAAAAUGGCCUGUUGAGGGAGUGCUCAACAUCAACAUCCUUUUCUGCUCAGUCUUUUGAUGAUGCUGCUGGUGUGGUAAUCAGAGAUAAUAUAUGCAGGUGUUUUCAGAACAUCAUGGAGAAGACGGAAUCAUCUUGUAGUUACAGCAAUCUGACAGUUUUUAUGUUUCAAAUAGUUUGUAAUAGUUUGCUCAAAUACUGUACAGAUUUUUUUCAUAAUUUAUUAUAGUUUGGUGUUGU